AUGAGCGAAGUCGACCAACUCAGCACCUACUGUGACGGACUCAAGCGUGCGACACAAGCCUACGUCAAGCUUCGGAAUGCGACGCCGCUGAGUGAGGCAAUAGACAAAGCUGCCAAGUAUGAGAUGUCUCAUUUAAGUGGUGAACACAAGGCAACUCGCGAGAAACCGAGGCGUGAGCAACAGUCCCGUGGACGGACGAGCUCCAGACAGUCCAGCGACAAGAAGUCCGUUCAGCAAGAAGUCCUUCAACCCGGGUCACUUCGUCCCCGCGGAACAGACCAAACCAUGCUAGUAGAAGAGGGACCUGACGUGGCGAAGGCUAGUGAAGAAGAUUUAACCAAAAACGAGGAUACGUUGAAUCUACUUUGUGAUGACCCUCUCGUCUACAACCGUGCACUGUUGUUUUCGAUUGAAGGAGCAAUGGUACAGGGUGGAAACAAAUUCGGUACCAAGUUUCUGUUGGACUGUGGUGCCAUGUAUCGCGGGAGGCUCGGUGACAACAAGAUGGGCGAGUCUAUCCUCGCCGUAGUGAAGAUCAAGAUUCGACUUCAAUUUGCACCGAAUUAUCAGUGUGUGGCAGUUGUCUUCGCCAUUCCUGAAAAGUUUGACUGUGUACUCGGAAUGCCAUUUUUUGUGGAUGUACAUCCUGAUAUCGACAGAAAGAAUCGAUGCUUCAAGGAAUACGUCUCAAAUGGAGCCUCAACGACGGACAUUUCGACUCCCGGGGGGAAGUGCAGUCCGGUUAAUGGCUCUGGACUUCACGUUGCUGUGGAUUGUGAAAGAGCUUCCGUGAUAGGCCGUGAUUCCUGUCGAGCCGCCGUGCCAGAAACACAGUUGGAGGGCAAAGUGGAAAGCGUUGAAAGAAUGUAUGAGGACGUGGGGACUCUCUCGAGGCAAGAAAAGAAGAACGCCAGCGCAGCGACAAUGUUUACUAUUGGAGUUAUUGACUCGGAAGGAGUUGCGGCCGAGUACAUAACAAGAAAGAAGGCCGAGUACAUAACAAGAAAGAAGCUACAGAAAUUCCUACGGUUGUCUGCGAAGAACCGACCGGGACACGAUUUCAUGAUUGUACUGACUAACGAUAUCAUAUAG